AUGAGCUAUCGCCGUUACAAUCCAUUACUCGAUGAAUGGAUCCUUAUUUCACCAAAUCGAAUAAAACGACCUUGGGACGGCGAAAUUACUAACAGCGAUAGUGAAACAGCCAACACAAAAGUUUCUAAUUCAUCUUCAACAAAAAAUCCUUUGGCGCCAGGUGGUAUUCGAUCAAAUGGAGAAAUUACACCAAAUUAUACUCACACAUUUGUCUUUCCUAAUGAUUUCCCUGCUUUAAAUGAAGGUAAUUUUUCGGUUAGGGCCAAAGGAGUGUGCAGAGUGAUAUGUUAUCAUCCAUGUAGUAGUAUGUCCAUGGCAAAAAUGAAACUGAAUGCAAUCGAACGAAUCAUCGAUCUGUGGAUUGAACAAUUUAAUGAACUGGAAAACAGAUAUGAUUGGAUACAGAUUUUCGAAAACAAGGGAUAUAUGGUUGGUUGCUCAAAUGCACAUCCUCACGGUCAGUUAUGGGCAAGUGAUUUUUUACCCAGUCAGCAGUCUAAAAUGCUUUCAAGUCAGAAGUAUAAAGAACGCACUGGUCGUAUAAUGCUAAUGGACGUUGUUCAACAUGAAUUAGAGUAUCAAAAACGUAUUGUAGUAGAAAAUGACGAGUGGCUUGUGAUCGUUCCAUUUUGGGCAAUCUGGCCCUAUGAAACCAUGAUUUUACCCAAAAAACAUAUAGCAUCCUUAAAUCAUAUCAACAAGCAGAAGUGCCUCUUAGCUAUUUUGUUGAAAAAGUUACUAGUCAAAUACGACAAUCUUUUUAAAUGCUGUUUCCCGUUUAGCAUGGGAUGGCAAAGCUCUCCAACCGGGCACUAUCUUAAUGAAGAUUGUUCUUUUUGGACGUUGCAUGCAGUUUACCUACCGCCUUUACUCCGAUCAGCAAAAAUUAAAAAAUUCAUUGCCGGUUACGAACUACUCUGUGAACCACAGCGAGACCUAACUCCUGAAAUGGCAGCGGAAUCGCUUCGAAAGCAAAGUGAGCAGCAUUAUGAGAAUGAUCAAUCCAGGUCGAUGCCAAUUUGA